AUGGCCCCGUCCGGAGUGCCCUUUCCGAGAAAGUUCCUCACGGUGCUGCUCCUGCUGCACCCGCUCGCCUCCGCCGCCCUCCCAACUGCGCCGCCGCCAGCCCACCCUUUCCUCCCCCCUCCCUCCAACGACUUGGCACCGCCUGCUGGCGCCUGCCUCCAGCAGCUCUCGGCUGCGAGCGGCGUGGCCACCGCCUCUGCUGCUCUCAAGCUCGCCUCUUGCAGGCCUCCAGGCAGGCCUCCCGGGGCGGCUCUCCCUGGCGCCCCUGCCACGACCGCCAACCCAGAGGAUCAGUCCUCAUCGCGCUUCUGCCCCUCUUGCCUACAUGCACGCAUCGACGUCGACCUUACCACCCCCGCCGACAGCGCUGUGCGAGACAUCGCCAGGCCAGCUCUCUACACUUGCGCCGAGUUCGUCGAGUUUUACGGCGAGGGCAAGCCGAGCGAGAAGGCGUGGGCGAAGGCAAAGCCGCAGUGA